UGGGGUUGGUUCAACACAACUUGAGACUUGUCUCGGUCACUUCACUUCAGGUGAACUUCCACUAGGAGUAGGUGUAGUAAAACUGGGAAGUGUCGGUGCGGAUUGCGAUAAAGAGUUCACUCGGUCGCCGAAGGGGUUCUUAGACCUCACCAACUGCUGACCCCAGUUAGUUCCCUCACUUGUUCAACAUCAACCACAACAACCAAAAUGCUGCUCCCACUCAAGCCCCUCGUCGCAGCACUCGCCUUGACCGGCAGCACAAUCGUCCAAGCCGCCCCCCUCUUCGACUCCGUCACCGCCUUCCUCACUCACCUCACCACCAACCCUCCCAACGCCGCCCAACACCUGGACCUGAAAACCCCCAGCUCCGACCCGACCGGCCUCAACACCAUCUCCACCCUUUCUUCGUCUGCGCAAUCGGCCCUCCAGAAGAACCAAGCCUACCUGCUUCUCAUCAACGCCACGCCCUUCACUCUGCGCAGGACAGGCGGGCAUUCCUACCAGAUGCCCGCAUGGGAUAACUCCUUUCCUGAUCUCGUGCAACCAGGACAGAGCGUACGCGUCUACAUCGAAGCCAAGACGCACAAGGACGACGCAGCGGAGAUGAGGUACGUCGUUGACGAACUGGGCGGAAGGGAAGUAGAGUUCCAGUAUCGUGGCCGUGACGGUCCCGUCCUGCAGGUGGCGUGGAAGAGUUUGGCGGCCGUGAACAACCCCGUGGGCUCGGUGCGGAAGUUGGUUUGGCAUCAGGGAAAUAACGUCCCUUUUGUUUUGGCUGCUGCGCCGUCGGCCAAGAACACGAACUUUGAUCCGACUCAAGAGUUGAUGGCUAGUCCUGGGCUGCCGACGGCAGGGUGGAUGAAGCAGGGGUAUGAAAGGAUGCAUUGUUUGAAGCUGAGGGAAAUCAGCCUGCCCGGAACGCAUAAUAGUGGGAUGUCGUUGCUUACAGGCGGUACGCCCCUGGUGAAGGCCAGGCCGGAGUCGGUGCAGUGUCAUGCUAGUCAGAUGACGGUGGGCAAGCAGCUGGAGGCCGGAGCAAGGUGGUUUGAUGUCCGUCCGGUGAUUGCGGGCGGGAAGUGGGCGACGGGGCAUUACACGUUUUUCAACGGGAUCAAGUUGCCGGGGGGAUUGGAUAAGAUUCCGGGGUUGGGUGAUCUGGCCAAGGAAAUUGGGAAGUUGGGCGGGGGAGAUAAGGAGAUGGUGUUGGAAGGGUGGCAGGGCGGGAACGGGCAGUAUAUUGCGGAUAUCGUGAGGGAGGUGAACGAGUUCACGGAAAAGAACCCGGGGGAAUUGGUGGUGAUUAACCUCAGUCAUGGCCUCAACACGGAUACCUUUUCCCGCAACCCUAAUGCCCACCUUAGCCAGCAGGAGUGGGAGAAGCUGAUGACGCAGUUGUUGGCUGUCAAGAACCGGGCCACGCACAUCACCCAGCCUAACGUCGACCUCACCUACCUUUCUCUCUCCGAUCUGCUCCCGCCUUCCGAUAAUGGUGAUGCUUCCCGCCGCGGUUCGGCUGUUCUCUUGGUCGUCGACGACGUCACCUCGGACAACAACCAACGCGUCGAUCUCUCCAAGUUUGCCAACCAGGGCUUCUUCUUCCGCGGCCAGCUCGCCAUCUUUGACUCGUAUGCCGACACCAACAACCUGAACGACAUGAUCAGCGACCAGUUCGCCAAGAUGCAGACGCAUCGCACCAAGGCGGAUGAUGCCAUGUUUUUGCUCAGCUGGACGCUGACGCAGCCGCCCGAGACCACGAUCAUCGGGAGUAUUGUCAAGUAUGCUCAGGAUGCCAACAUGGCCUUGGGAGAGAAGCUGUGGGCGCAGGGUCGAAUGACGAGGCAGACGUAUCCGAAUGUGGUGAGUGUUGAUGCCUUUGACGGCGAUGGGGAGGUUGCUGGGUUGGUGGCGGCAAUCAAUUGGUGGUUGACGGGGGAGUGUCCUGCGUUGUAGGUUCGUGGAGGAGGAAUUGAUUGGUAAUACAACUUGAUACAGAAACUGUGACGCGAGCCAGGAAGAAACGAGGUAUGUGAUUGAGAUGAUUUUUAGUUUUCAGUACACACAAUUAAUUACCAGUAAUUUUUGUUUUCUUACAUGUCAGCUUGGUGUACUUACACCAAUGUCCUGCCAUCUUCAUCGUGGCUCCUUCCGCCGUCAUGUGAUUAUUGCUAUGGGGAGACGGGAUCAGGUGGUUGUCCUCUACUCGGCGUUCCUGCACGUCGGUACUUUUUCCUUUUGCUCUUCAAAGUUUCCUGACCACAAGCAGAUUUAGUACAAUCGAAUCUGAACCAUC